AUGGUCAAUCUUCUUGGAUCCACUUCGAUCUGCACCUCGUAGUCCUUUAUUUCGGAGUGUCAAAGAAAUAAAAUCGGCUAUGUGGGAAAAGAUAUCUUCCUCAUAUAAAACUACGAUAUUAAUCAGGGAAAUAAUGACCUUCGGGACUCGUUAUCAUUUUUUGCGACACGUACGUGGACCGUAGAAAAUUUGGGAUCGUGUCUGAAAGCCUGACGCGUGUUUUCAUGCCACGAGUACAUUCGCUCCCGACCAAUUAAAUUAAUUUUGCCUUAUCGUGGCUACCUCAUUGGCUGAGGCUUUUAUUUUCCUGAAACGAAAACGAAUCUGAUAGGGCCAGACCGUCUGCGUGCUCUGGAUGCUGCGGAUAUAAAAUUGGUGUGUGCUAAUUCUGUUUCUUUUCAUUUUCCUACAUUUUUCUCGAGUAGUUGUCAUUCGAAAUCUACAAAAUCAUCACUGAGAAGUUUUCAGUUUUCCCUAAUUUUAUCAAUCGUGGCAUUUUUUUAGUUCUUUCGAGUGUUGUUCCAGAUUUGGCUUCCUUUUUUUUUGUCGUCCUCUGGAGCGUGGAUAAAAAUCAUAAUAGAGUGAAAUUAAAAGUGCUUGGUGGCAGUUUAUUUUUACAGAUGGAAAUUUCGGUUUUAUUGAGUGUCGUUCUCUUUUCUGCUUUCGUCAAAGCAGCCAAAGAAAUUGACUACAGGGAACUACGAUGUUUAGUGUGUAGAUCAACAAUUGAUGAACUUCAACAUGAAUUACGAAAAGUUGAUCCAGCAAAGAAGAUGGAUGUUGGUUCAUUUCGGUUAGAUGCCGAUGGAAAUGCUGUCUUCAAAAAAGUCCCACUAGCAUCAUCGGAAAUACACAUUUCCGAAACCCUGGACAAAGUCUGUGCAAAAUUCGACAACUACAUAAGAGCCACUCACAAAUCGUCAGGACGUUUGACUCUUUUGAAUCUUUUUGCUCCUGCCGGUGGAAUGAAUCCAGACAUGAGUAAAGUCGAAAUUAUUCAAGACGAGGAUUUAAACAAGAGUCUCCGAUUCUUGUGUGAAUUAAUUGUAGAGGAAUUCGAAGAGUCAAUCAUAUCGGGUUUCCAAACCGGAUCACCGAAUGUUCGCGGCCAAAUUUGUACUGAAGAGGCCAAAUUUUGCGACGAUGAUGUAGUUUAUGAAGAGAAGGAUCUAGAAAAUGAGGAACAGAGUUCGGAAAAUAAUGAAGAAGAGAGUUCGGACAGUAGUGACAAAACAGAACUGUAAAUUUAUAGUGAAAUGUGUGUUUUUAGGUACUUAUUUAAAGGGUAACACCACUCUGGCGGCACAAAAAAAAACCUAAUUUUCACGAUUUUUCUUUCGGAGAGCAUGAAAAAAGUAAUAGGAUUUAUUUAGCACGUAUUGAACUACGUAAAAAAAAUUAUUAUCGUUUUGAUAAAAAAUAGCGGUGUCAGAGCCAAUCUUGAAAAUCGUCUUUUUUUUUAAAUACCUUCACGGGAGGACGGUUUU